UCCUCAUCAUCUCUCUCGCCAGCAUCGUCGGUGUGCCCAGUAUCCCCCUGGAAAGCAUUGAGCAAGCAUAGUCGUCAUCGGAUCAACGUUCCGGAACCAUUUCGACACAAGCCAUGUUGGGCUAAACCCAUUAGGUUCCAUGUGUUAAACCAUGCGUUGGCAUCGUUUAUUUUGUUGUUAUUGCAUUGUGGUAUGUCUUCAUUGGGUUCGCGUCUCUUGUCUCGUCAUUAGCGAAGGGCCUUUCCACCACCAGGACCAAUCCCUUGACAUUGAAGUUGAUUUGUUCGACUCACUUGAGGGUUUUGAGCGGUACAGGAGUGAAUCGUGGGACACGAGGGUUGCGAUACCCACAUCCAUCGAAGAUCGCAUCAAGGCAUUCAUUGCCAAUCGCACGCUUGGCAAACGAGCACUGCCUGUGGUCAACGAUACGACGCCGAAUUAUGAUAAAGCGUAUUUCCUCCACAUCCCCAAGACGGGAGGGCAUUCUUUCGACACCGAUGGCAGAGAGAUAUUCCGAAGCAUGAAUCAGGGAGAGACGUGCUUUUCGGAAGUCGCAUCUGAGACUUUGGUCACUUUCUUUAGGGAUCCACAGCUGCACGUGGUGUCGCAGUAUUGGCACUGUGUGGGAGCGGGAUUCUCCGUCCCAGGCUUAGGGAAGUGGGCUAACGAAUGGGCAAAGUUUAUGAAGUCGGAGCCCUUACAUAAUAUGACAGACAAGCACAGGAAGGAGCAGAUGCGAUAUCCGUGCUUCAACCCCAUCAACAAGCAGACCCAGAAAAUGACAUGUGUACAGCAAGAUAGGUAUCCAGAUGUGAUCGAUGUGGACCUGGCGAUUAGAAACAUGAACAGCGUGCACUUUGUUGGCCUCCUCGAACUGUAUCGAAAGUCUCUUUGUGUAUUUCAUGCCAAGACGUCUGGGAAGAUGCCCAGCUCUUGCGAUUGCCGGCGCCGGGACGAGGCUGGAUUCUGGCACCACAAUUUCGGAUUCAAUCAUCACCGUUUGCCGAAAAAUGAGUCGAUUUUGAAGGAUCUUGACGCGCUCACACAGGCUGACCGCGCGUUGUAUGACGCUGCCUCGGCUCGUUUCAUGCAGGACCUUCGAGAGGUGGAGAUGCGGCACGGCGUGGAGAUCUUGUGCAUGCCCUAAGGACAAGACAGCGCACGUCCCGUGAAGAUCAUCGAAGCAGAAAGCAUUGCAUAACCAUUAAUUGUCAGAGCUCCGUGCGGAUUUAAUGGAUCUGUGUUGGGAUCCCUUUGCGGCGACUCCAGCGCCGCCCGUGGCGCGCUACGCGCACCAGGAAGGGGGUCCAGCGCCGAUCCAAUAAAUUCGCGGGGGCCUCCGAAAGUUUGUACAAUCGUUUUCGUGUUCUUCCUCUGUGUGCAUCGCCCGCUUCCCAUUCCUCAGCUGGUCUGUAGGGCGGUACUGAUUUGCGUGAGGCGUAGGGCCAUGGUGUGUCGGCCAUCACCACACCACCCUCACAGUGGGGAAUAGGCCCCGCAAGACCCUAAGGGAGCAGCAUUUGUGAUGUCCAGGGCUCCGCCCACCCCCAAAGCUAAUGGAACAUGCGGGGAAUCCUGGGAUUUGUGUCUAUUGCUUUGUGUACCCUUGGGCCCCCUUCAAUGAUUGGGUGCGCCCCGGGGCCUCGCGGAAGGUCGUCGCGAAGGGCAUCAUCUUGUUCCUUUUGUUCUUCUUGCGCCUCUUCUUCCUCCUGCUCCUCCUCCUCCUUCUCCGCCUCCUCCUCCUCCUCCUCGCCAGCGGCGCUGAGAGCUGAUAGUAUCCCGCAGGUCGCGUAGCGCAUCCGCAUGAGUGCCCAAACGAUUGCCUGCUAUGCAAGCCGCGUCGAGCCGUUUGCUCGCCUGCUGCCAGCACGCCUGGCACUCCGCUCAAUGAAGAGCCCGGCUGCUCUGGCGCCUCAGCCUCGAGCGCCCGCGCACCGUGCAGGAGGGGUGCGAUUCCAGAAGACUCGCCCUCUUCCGCCUCGCUUCCGCUCUGUCUCUUACGCCCGCCCCGCCGCAUCCGCUUUUCUCAAAAUAGGGCCUUUGGCUAAUUGAGUUACGAUCUCUGCCGCGCAGAGCGAGAAAGCAUUACCAGUGGUAAUCUUCCAUAUCCCAAGAAGAUGGAUUGGGGCUCCUUCUCGUUUCAGUGGGCUGGUAAAUGUCGGCGCCUCCGCAACCAGUGCCAGUGUGGCAUUUACGAUCAUGAUCUGUUUUACUUGGCGCCCUCCAGCUUCGAGUUGCACUUGCUCAUGACCUGAUUGCGUUGCUGAGAACAGUUGGCUGCGUGAACCGCAUGUGAUAGGUGCCGCGAGAUUUACACAUUUCACAUUUGCGGGUUCCCCCCCCGCACACGCACAUGUGUUCUGGGCGACUGCUUGCGCGAGAGAAUUGCUAGCAAGAGCGGGGCCAAGCCGGCAAAGAGUAGAGACCCGUGUCUGAAAACACACGUCAUAGCCCAGACCAGCCCCCUGUUCGUUUAUCUUUUCCCUUUCUUAC